GAUCAACAACUCUUGCCUUUCGUUUCAACUUUCUAUUUCAGGUAUUUAUUGAAGCAACAGAGAAAAAUCGUCGACCUUUUUUCUCAUCUGCCCGUGAUAAUCUUCGCUCAAAAGCUCGUACAUCUUUUUUCUUUGCGUUAAAUUGCAAGAAAAAGCAAGGUGUGAGAGAGAGAGAGAGAAAGGAUCAAUCAUGAGCGAGGAUAAAAGGGAGGCCCAUCAUCACCACCACGAGCAGCCACCUCCUCCGCCGCCGCCGCCAUACGGGACAUUCCAGGGCGUCGCCAACCACCCGCCGAGGACUGCGAUUGGCUUUCCCCAGCCUGUCCCGCCGCCUGGAGUUUCCGGCGCCCCGCCACCGUCUCAGUAUUAUGUUCACGGCUACCAAGCUGUCCCUGUUUAUGGUGUUGCAGAAGGAAGACCUGUAAGAGAACAUCGCCUUCCUUGCUGUGGCAUUGGCCUCGGCUGGUUCUUGUUUAUUAUUGGAUUCUUCCUGGCUGCAAUCCCAUGGUAUGUUGCAGCAUUGCUUCUCUUAUGUUCAAGAAUCGACCCUCGUGAGAAACCGGGAUAUGUUGCUUGCGUAAUUGCUGCUGUAUUGUCCGUGAUUGCGGUUUUGUUCGGGCUGAUAAGGAUCGACUGAUGGGGGAUAAAUGUUGAACUCAUCUUGAACCUUAGCUAAGAUUGUAUUGAAGAGAGGUGAUUCUCAAUUUUCAGCCAUAUUAAUUUUCAUAUUUUUGGCAAGAAGCUCUUAGAAUCACUUUUUAUUAUUAUAAAUACAUAAUUAAAAACGUUGCAAAUAGUUAUUGACAGGGGCUCUACCCAUGAGGUGUAAGGUGUUGUGUGUGUGGAUACAUUAUUUAUGUGUGUUGUUAAACUUAAAAUGUCUAAGUUUGAUAAUUUUUUGUGAAUAUUUGAAUAUUUAGGAUGUGUUAAUACAUAUAUUAUUGGGUGAACCUCAGUUCCAAACCGUCAGAUCAAGACACACCCGCAUGGGUAUGUGUGUGUAUGCGCGCGAUCUGAUAGUCAAAUUUUGGUAUUGGGUUUGCUAAGUUGACUCACUUUCAUGUUUUG